AAUACCACAAUCUCUCGACACCCAGUUACAUCAGCAGUUCAACACGAGCAGUUGCGCAAGCUGUGUUGAGUUAUACACACUACUUUCUUCUCACCCUUUUCAUUUCUCUCUAGGUCUCGCAGGCGAGGCCUUUCUUUGCACUUCGGAGUUUUGCCAAAUCUACGAAAAUGAGUCUCAAGGGCGUUACCAUCGCCGCCAUCUCACUGCUCGCCGCAGUGCCAACAGCUAAUGCCCAUACUUGGGUAGAAUAUCUAUAUCGUAUCAGUUCCACGGGAGCAUUCACGGGGGAUCCAGGUUAUCCCAUCGGCUACAUCCCUAGAGCUCAAGGAGUCUCGGAUGAUGUACAUCAGAACAAGAUAGUAGAUACUUCGACAAACCCGGUCGUCUGUAAACCAUUGUCGUCGAGCGAUGCUGCCCAGUACCCCCCUCUUAAGGCAGGUGGGGGCGACUACAUCGCCCUGCAAUAUCAGGAAAACGGCCAUGUCACACAGCCUGACCUGACCCCAAGACCGUAUCGGGGCGGGAACGUGUAUGUAUAUGGCACAACACAGCACCAAGAUACCGAUGGCAUCAAUGACGUCCUCAACUCCUGGACCGUCGACGGAAAGGGCGGCAACAAGAAGGGCAAGCUCCUGGCCAGCCAUUAUUUUGACGAUGGCCAAUGCUUCCAAGACGCUCCUGGAAACCCGAUCGCCCAGGAGCGAAAAAGCAAGUACGGUGUUGACCAACUGUUCUGCCAAACCGAUAUUCAAUUGCCGGCAGACUUGCCUUCAGAUGGUUUAUAUACCCUCAUGUGGGUGUGGGAUUGGCCGAUGAUCGUAUCCGACACGCAGAACGUGACCGAAAUCUACACUUCGUGCGCGCAGAUUGACCUUAGCGGCUCAGCCAAGAAGGAUGGAAUCAAGGGGUUACCCGGCAUCAAGUUUGGCAACAAUCAUGAUGUCGCGAGUGCUGCCAUCUCAUCACAGGUGCACAACCUCGUCGAAGCAACAGCUCUAGGCAUUGGCACCAACAGCCCCCCAGCACCCACUGGUCUUGAUGACGCUACCAGCUCAGCCGAUCCGGCUCCUACAUCUACAAAGACAGGCAAGGACCAUGACCACAUCAAGACGGUAACCGUCACUGCCGCCCCCGAAACCAUUACCCAAUAUUACACCGUCACUGUGGGUGGCGACAACAAUGGUGGAACUACAACUUCUCAGCCAUUAACUUUUACGACUGCGACGGUCACCUCCGAAACAACCAAGAAAACUGCGACCUCCCCUGAAAACCCUUUCCCAACAUCUUUCAUUCCAGUCACAUCUGUGACAGGAUUCCUGAAGGUCCGCGCUGCUCGAGUCACCGGACAAGCUCGACGAGGGUUUCGUCUGUGAUGUCAAUACCGAGCAUAGUCCCUACGGGAUCGCUUUCAGACCUCUAGAUGCCAGGCCGAUUAUUUCGAGCAUUAUCAACUUCUCUUCUCUUUGUAUAAUCCCUUCAAGUCACAUA